GACACUGAGAGAGGGUGGUGGUGUGUCCCAGACACUGAGAGAGGGUGGUCGUGUGUCCCAGACACUGAGAGAGGGUGGUGGUGUGUCCCAGACACUGAGAGAAGGUGGUCGUGUGUCCCAGACACUGAGAGAAGGUGGUCGUGUGUCUCAGACACUGAGAGAAGGUGGUGGUGUGUCCCAGACACUGAGAGAAGGUGGUCGUGUGUCCCAACAAGACCAAUCACAAAGAUCAGAAGCACCAUGAUGGUUGGCUGGUGUUUUAUCCUAGUGCUCCCCCUGCUGGUCAACUCACUCCCUACACCUUUCCUGGACUGUGCUGACCUUUACUCCAGCGGGCAAACGCUCAGUCAGGUGUACACCAUCUACCCCGCGGGUACCUUCGACUCGCCUGUGCAGGUGUACUGCGACAUGGGAUGCAAUGAGAGCCAAGAAAAAGGCCGCUGGAUGGUGAUCCAGCGGAGGAUGGAUGGUUCUGUUAACUUCUACAGGCCCUGGGACCGGUACAAGGAAGGCUUUGGGAACAAGGACGGAGAGUACUGGCUAGGACUGGAGUGGCUCCACCUGAUCACCAGUAAGAAGAAGUACGAGCUGAGAGUGGACAUGGAGGACUUUGAGGGGGGGAGAGCCCACGCCCAGUACUCCUCCUUCUCUGUCGGAUCACAGGAAGAGGGGUACAAGCUGACUGUCGGUGGCUUCACCAACGGAGGAGCAGGGGACUCCCUGACGUACCACAGCGGACAGAAGUUUAGCACCUUCGACAAAGACCAGGACCCAGGGAGCAGCAACUGUGCCAAAUCCUACCUGGGAGCCUUCUGGUAUAAAUCCUGUCACUUUGCCAAUCCCAAUGGUGUCUACAAGUGGGGAGAGGACAGCUUGCACAAGGCCAUCGGUGUUGUGUGGCAUCACUGGAAAGGUUACAACUACUCACUGAAGACCAUCAGCAUGAAGAUCAGGCCUGUGGAGACCUCCUGAGUUCCCAGUCAUCAAUGUGCACACUGACACAAACAAACACAC